CUGUUGCCUCACAACUGAAGACAAGACACACCCUCCAAACAUCAGUAAAGAUCUAAUGCCUCAUUUUCACAAAGUUUAUUGCCCACAGGAGUUGGAUGGCCAUGGACUCCUGGCUUGGAGUAAUGAUAUUAUCAGUUUUUUCCAUCUGUAAUUGGGCAUAUAAAAUGGAUAAUCUGCCAAGCAUCAACAAUGAAGAUUUCAUCAAAGAGUGUGUUGAACUUCAUAACAAUUUUCGAUCCCAAGUGGCCCCCAAAGCCAGUAAUAUGCUGCGUAUGAGCUGGGAUGCAGGCUUGGCCAAGGUUGCUGAAACAUGGGCAAAAAGGUGCGAGUUUAAACAUAAUGUUGAUCUGAGUAAACCCAGAAGGCUGCACCGUAACUUUUCUUUCGUGGGAGAGAAUCUCUGGGUAGGCUCACUUGGGGGAUUUUCUGAAAAAUCUGCCAUCAAGUUGUGGAAUGAUGAGGUCCAAUACUAUAACUUCCAGUCUCUGAAAUGUACUCAUGUGUGUGGCCAUUAUACUCAGGUUGUUUGGGCAGAUAGUUACAAGGUUGGCUGUGCAGUUCAAUAUUGCCCAGAACUUAAAGAGACUCGCAUUAGAAGUGGAGCACUUUUUGUAUGUAACUAUGGACCAGCAGGAAAUUAUUAUCAGACACGACCUUAUCAGGAAGGAGAACCCUGCAGUGCCUGCAAAAAGGAUAAGUGUGUGGACAGGCUGUGUGUAAAUCCAAAGCGUGAUGGAGUUACAGAUAAGCCACAUCACAUAAGCCCAUGGGACCUACCCAAGCCAUAUGGGGAGGAGACAGACACACGUGAACGAAGUGUUUCUCUUAUUCUCAUCUUGGUGCCAUUUUUUAUUGUACUGUCUGUCAUAUUGGCCAUUUUGAUAAAGCAUUAUUACCCAAGGUAAAUUAUUUCUGAAUAACCUUAAUCAAAAGGGAAUAUGGGAUAAUAUUAUCCUUAAAAAAUGUCUGAAUCGCAAAAGAUUUAUAAUUCAGAAAGGAAAAUGCAUUUCUGAAUAGUUUUAAAAAUGGGAGAAAUUGUAUUACUUGAUUACAUAUAAAUUUGAACUGAGUUUUAAAUUAUUUUCUUUCCUACCACUAUUCCUGCCACUUGGUGUCACAACAGAAAUCUAAUACCUCAGGGAAAUGAAAGAAAAUGUCCAACCCAGGGAAAGUUUUGAUGGGAGGCUUCUCUUCCUUAACCAAAAGAAAAAAAGUAUAUGAACUUUCUGGCUGCAGAAACCUUUGUACAUUCAUGCAAUGGGUUCCAUAUAAUGGAACACUCUCAUUGGGAUUAAUCCCAAAAGACUGUAAAGCUCCUUGAAAGCAGGGACUGUCUUUUACUUAUUUUUGGAUCCCCCACACUUGCACAAGAUAUGCACUUAAUAAAUGUUUACUGUUAAUCACAUAUUCUAUUUACCAUGCCUUUUAUAAUGAAAUAUCAAUAACUGAUAAUAAAUAUAU